GUUCUCGGAAGCACGGUGAUGGUGACGUUAAAGUCGAGCGACCGCGGUGUAGUACAUUUAUAGCGUAGGGUUAGCUUUUUAUUUCUGCCGAUUGUAUUUACGCUUCAAACUUCAUAAAAAUUGUUUGUUUGUGAAACUUAUCUUGUUGGAUAAAACGUGGUAGUAUCUUUAAUUUUUUUUUGCGAUAAUCCAAAAGCCUAUGGGAAAAUCUUACUAGGUUUUUGUCGUGUGAUGCUAACUUCCGGGUUCUGGUACAAAAUGGCGUCAUCCUUGCACCACUCUAUUAAUGUUCCUGGGCGAUUCCGCUAUAGGGUUAAAGCGUUUCGUGUUGUUUGUCCCUCUCCGAACACCGUAUAAACUCAGUGUGGCUGGUCGAGAGCUCAUGUGAUGAGAUGUGCCUGAAGGAAGACAUGACUACAGAGCUAAACGGCAAGCUGGUAGACUGAAUAAGUAUGGAAAAUGUGGCAAAUGGACAUUCAGUCGAGACAGACAAGAACAGCAGUUCCCGCUGUACUUUCUUCAGUGCAGACCCGAGUGACUACCGAUGUUGAGAAUGGCAUCCUGAACAACACCGCCAGGUCUAACUCUGGACAUGAUCAGUCAACAGCUGAGGCAUCAGUAUGUACUAAAUGUGUACAGAAUAAUUGGCCUGUACAGCUCCCGGAAGCCACACCUCAGCACGAGCUGUCGAUGAACCUGUCAUUCAACAUUUUUACUGCUUGAGUGGAUGUGAUUCUUACGGUGAAGAGAGCCACCGGGGCGUUUUCUCUGGUUGCAUGCCUCUUUAUGUUAUUUGUGGUAUGGCUGCUUCGCCGAUACAGCUCCUUGGCUCAGAAAAUGGUCGUCAGUCUAACAGUAGCAGCGUUCUUCGACAGUGUCGCGUACGUCAUGGGAGAGUCUCACCCCGAGGGCGCUCUGUGUGACUUCCAAGCCUGGUGGCUAACAUAUUUUGACUGGAGUGCUCUGGCCUGGGUAUGUCUCAUCACUCUGAAUCUUUACCUGAACCUGGUCAGGGAGAUCAGGACUGAACAUUAUGAGAUACCGUACCAUAUUGUAGCAUGGGGGAUCCCUCUUCUUAUGUCCAUUCUUCCCUUGAUGAAAGGGUAUUACGGUCCAGCUGGAGCCUGGUGCUGGAUCACAGACGAUCACGUGGCGUGGAGAUUUGGCAUAUGGUACAUCCCGCUCUUCACCCUCAUCUUCCUCAUGAGCUGCUGUUAUGUACGAAUCAUCUGUGUGGCCAAUAAGAGGAUGCAGUCCUGGUUUGGCACCUUUAACCCGGAGAGGGAGAGGAGGAAGAUGUCUCUAGUUGAGGAAAUCCGGCCUCUGAAAUGGUAUCCCUCCGUAUAUCUGCUGGUCUCCAUCUUCCCGCUCUUGAAUCGGCUUCAUAACGCCGUGUAUCCCGAGGACCCCGUGUUCUCCCUGACGCUCCUACACGUGCUUAGCGCUCCUCUGCAUGGCCUGGCGAACGCGUUUGUUUUUAGCAAGGACACCUGGAGUCAGCUCAGCAAUACUGGAAUCAAACUGGCCCUUCAGUCUCGACUGUGUGACAGCACCAGGAUCGGCGAGUAUCACCCAGCUAACGUGAGAUACACAGUAGCGCUCGAGUCGGAGUCGGACGACGACGAUAACAACGUCCUCUUCUACAGCCCUGACAUGAACCUGAAGGACCGAGGACCCUGAUGUGCGUGCAUCAUAGCACAUUUACAGUUCACACUCCUUGCCUUUAAAGGACGUACUGCUCUUCCAUUUCUCCUAUCGCGGUGUCGUGUUAAAUGAAAAUGAUACAGAAAACGAGAAGUGUUUUUUACAAUCAUAAAAUCCCUCUUUUCCACUUAACUAUUUCAGUAUUUUCUUGAUUUCGCUAUAUUGUUGUUCAUAUUGUAAAUGCGAUGCAAGGUGAGCACUUUAAGUUAAUAUCCUCAGUAUUGAUAGCUUUAUUAGUUCGAGAGUUGCUUUUAAAUAUCUCUAAAGCUGUACAGUUUGUGUUAUCUUAUGUUUUGACUUUAUUAUUUAUGAAAAUGUACAGAGUGUCUGCUAUAUUUUUGUACCAUUUUCAUAUAAUUUAAAUAAAUAUAUAAAAAAUGUUAAUACA